AUAUAUGGGAGAUUCUUAAUUGGGAUUUAGAAACAUUUUCUGCAAAGUUUGGAGAGAAAGUUUUACCUUUUAGAACAGGACAUAAAGCAAAAACUACGGUGAAGUCUACAAAAAUCAAGAGUGUGCCCACAGUUACGUCUCACAUUCAAACGCGAAGGUGAACCGAAACAAGGUGAAGAAGAAGCAGACGAAGAAGAAAUAAAUAUCCAACAAGCUUACGAUUUAAUAUUUAAUAACGAAGAGUCUUCUGAGGAUGAUACUGGAGAUAAUUUAAAUAACUCUUUUAAUAAUUGUAAAACUUUCGACACGCUAAAAAAAACUUUUACUGAUAAUGACAGUAGAAUAAUGUUUGAGAAAUCUGGACAGACUGUGAAAGAUGUUAUGGAGAUGAUAUUUGCAUACUGUUUACGAUUUGUUAGUAGUCACGAAGCACGAAAAGCAUUAUUAGAAAUUUUAAAAAUUUGCGCUGGGCCAUAAUUUAAAGAUCUAAGUGUUUCCAACAACAAAUUUUCAGAAGUUUUUGAUCCUCCUUCGGAAAAAAUUAAAUUUCAUUUUUAUUGCAAUAAAUGUCUUGAUAAGGUAUUGUUUUCCUCGACUAAAAAAGAAAUAAAAAAUCAAAUGAUUUUGUGCGAUACUUGUAAUAUUAAACAAUGUGUAAGUCUCAGUAACCCAAACAGUUUUGUAACAGUCGAUUUAGAGUAUCAGAUACGGUUGUUAAUUGAAAAUGAAGAAUUAGCAAAAUUUUUUAAUCCACGCAGUAAAGAUUUUUAUAUGAAUAAUGUUAGUGGCGAUAAUAUUUUACGAGAUAUACAGGACAGUAAACUGCACAAACAAAUGUGCCAAUCAUCUCCGAAUUGUAUAAGUUACACACUAAGUACAGACGGUGCUCCACUAUUCAACAUGUCAAAGAGAAGUUUUUGGCCUCUUCAAAUAAUUUUGAACAAUUUACCUCCGCAAUUACGUUUUAAAUACGUUCUACUUGUUGGGGUAAUGAUUGUUAAGAGUGAACCAAAACCGGAACUCAUAAAUCUUUAUGUUGGUCAAUUUUGGAAGGAGGCAUCCAGUUUAUUCUAUAAAGGAAUGGAAAUCAAGUUUAAAGAUGCUGGGGAUGAAAUUUUAUUCUUCAAAUUUAUUUUAGUGGUUGCCGAUUCAUCAGCUCGUCCAGGGUUACAAAUCAGAAUAAAAUAUAUGGGAUAUUUCGGUUGUAGUUACUGCUACCAUGAAGGGAAAUAUAUAUGUAGAGGAGUAAAAUAUCCAUUCUUGAAAAAGGAGCCUGAAAUAAGGACACAUGAGUCUCAUAUGUUAGAUAUUAAAAUGAGCGAAGAGAAACAAUCUUCUUUUCGCGGUGUAAAGGGAAAAUCAAAUUUCUGUGAAAUACCUACAGUAGAUAUGGUGUGGGGUUUUCCUUUAGAUUAUAUGCAUAAUGCAUUAUUGGGAACGACAGAAAGUAUAUGGGUUGAUUGGUAUAAAGUUUUAAAACCAGAACAACGGAGAAAAAUUGACGAGUACCUGAGUCAGGUACAACCACCUCGAGAUUUAAAAAGGGUUCCUGAACAAAUAUCAAAUAAAAGUAUUUGGAAAGCAUGCCAUUGGAAGUCAUGGCUGCUUUAUUACUCAUUACCAAUGUGUUCUGAGAUUUAGCUGAUGAUUUUUUGGAAAAUUUUGCUCUUUAUGUCAACAGUAUAUUUACUUUACUACAAACGGAAAUUUCUCAAGAAGAGCUGAAUACAUGCAAAAGAAUUUAUUAAUAUUUGUUUCUCAAUUGGAAAAUUUGUAUGGAGAACAACGGAUGACAUACAAUGCCCAUUCCAGCGAACACUUGUCACAAUCGUGUAAGUAUUCCGGUCCUGCGUGGGCAACAUCAGCAUUUGCCUUUGAAAAUAACAUUUACACAUUAAAGGAGAAAAUAAAGGGAACAAAAAGUAUCGAGCAACAACUAACGAAAAAAUCUCUCAGUGCAUUGAAAUAUUCACUUCGUCAACCGGAAACAAACAUUUCUGAAGAGGCAAGUAAUUACUGCAGGAAUCUUUUCACCUCAAAAAUGUGUACUCAAAGUCCUGUUACAGUACAAAACGUUACCUUCUUUGGACCUAAUCCGAAAAACAUUUUUGAAUCGCAAAUUAAUAAAGAGUUCGAACGAUGUAUUUACAACAAAAUUGUUUAUAGUAGUAUACAGUAUACGCGAUCCAAAAAGUGAAAUGACUCGGUCAUUCAAUUAAAAAACGGAAAUUUCGUGCAAUUUAAAGCGAUUUUUUUACGUCCAGAUAAAACAUGUUUUUUUAAAGUUCAAAAAUUGAUUGUUCGGCCAUUCCACGCUGGAAAUAUGUUAGUAACACACAUUUCGAAAGUAACAAACAAUGCUGAGCAUCCAUCUAUUUCUCUCGAUGAAAUUAGUUCAAAAGUAGUCGUUCUUCAAUUUGCAAAUAAGGAUUAUGUUUGCCGUAUUCCAAAUUCUUUUGAAGCUCAAUAAUGUAAAAAGCAUAAUGUGCAAAGCAAUUAUCCUUUCUUUAUUAAUUCACAUUAAAAAUAUUGUACCGUAUUCUUUAAAUUUUCUGACCACGC